AUGCGUGCUCCCGAGCCGCCAUACCCCUCAUUUACUCUCGUCAUGUGUGCUGCCCUCAACGAUACCGCUCGCCUUCCUGCCUACAGAGAGGCCCGUCGUCGCCGACACCACCCCUACACAAGGCCACCUCGCCGUCAGACGCCUGACUACCUGAUGGACACGAUUGACUACCGUGACGUAGACGAACGUGAUGCCGUGGGUCUGAUGCUUGACUCGCUCCCCAAUGCUCCUGGGGCGGCCAGCGACUCUGCGAUGAUGAGCACUCAGGACGACACGAUGCACCUGGACGAAGCUUUGCAUGGCGUCAAGGCUGAUAGGCAGGGGCGUCGUAGAUUGUCGACACUGAUUAUUGAUCUUGCGCUCGCUGUUUGCCGGCGGUGCCAGGAAAUGCGUCUUGUCAAAAAGUCAUGCACAAACAGCGUAGACUUAUUGGACUGA